UAAAUCCCAAUUUUCAAAGUUAAAAGUCAACGCAACUUCAAAAAUGAACCGAAAUAUGAUCGAAAUUGCUCCAAAAACCAAGUUUAGCUCUACCCUCACCAAAAUAUCGUCCAACAAGAAGAGCAAGCAGAAGUCAAAAUUGAAAUACAGCUUUUUCAAAUAAAGUCUCUAUGGGAAAGACUGGAUCUCAAGUCGCCCUACAAACGGUCAUGAAGCAGAACAAUCAGAAUGAUACCCAAGAUAAAACAGAGCUCUUUCAGUCAGCUGUCUUCGAGGAACUGGGUAAGAGCAUCAACCAAAAGCCCAUGAUCAUCGAAGAAAGAGAAGCUAAGAUUAGUACUGAUGACAAGAAUCAUCACAAAAUUAAGGUCUUCAAAACCAUGAACAAAAGUAAGCUCAACAAGAACAAGUCAAUGGAGAAAACCUCUAAACCCAAAAAUGAGAGAGACGAUAAAAUCAUCCAUAUGGACUCAACUAAUAAUCCAACAAGCAUGACAAAGGAUAACCUCCUCGUCAGCCAAUCUAUCUUUGACCAGCAAGAAAGUUUCCUGAAGGAAGACAGACAAGAAAACAGUCAAAUUUUAGAACAACAAGCUUCAGUUCCAAGCAUUCGAAAGCCCAAGAAGAAUAAAUCAACUUUUAACAAUAAAAAGCAACCAGAGAGUCCAAAAACUAGGCUCAAGAACUUAUUUGAUGGCAAAAAGGAAGAUAAUAAGGAUCUUUGAACUCUUAAUGAGGAAGAGAAAUUAUCAACCAAGCCCAGGACAUUAGAUAAGCCUCCUCAGUAUUCAACAAUCAAGCCUCUGAGUGACGCCAAGAGCUCCCUUGAGUUCCCUCUAAAAGUCCAGGAGAACCUAGAAGUACUAAGCAAAGUGCUGAUCGCCCAAGAAAUAGAAGAACUUAAGUAUUACGAGACUCUAUAUUACUUCAACCUAAGCCAGAGAGUCAUAGACCGGAAGUUCGCAUACCAAGGCACUAUAGAGUACGACGAUGAGAAGUCUGACUACAAGCUCAUCGUUGGUGAGCAUAUUCUGUACAGAUAUGAAAUCGUAGAUAGCCUUGGUAAAGGAUCUUUCGGCCAAGUAAUCAAAGCAUUCGACCACAAGCAUAAAAGAAACGUUGCCCUAAAAGUGAUCAAGAACAAAUAAGCGGUUCCACAUUCAAGGGAAAGUCGAGGUAGCCCUACUUAAAUAAACUCAACGAGACUGAUGAGAAAGAUCGGAAGAAUAUAGUCAGGAUGGAGCACUCCUUCAUCUUCCGUGGCCAUCUCUGCAUCGUAUUUGAACUACUCUCGAUCAACCUCUAUGAGUACAUAAAGCUCAAUAAUUUCAAAGGUUGCAAGAUGCCCGUCAUUCAGAGGUUCGCCAUACAGAUCUUACUCGCUCUUGCCCAUUGCAAGAAGAACAAGGUCAUUCAUUGAGAUCUUAAGCCAGAGAAUAUUCUACUAAAAUAAACUCAACAAAAGUGGAAUCAAGAUGAUUGACUUCGGAAGCGGCUGCUUCUCGAACAAACGAAUAUACACCUACAUCCAAUCAAGGUUCUACAGAGCCCCAGAGAUCGUCCUGGGGCUGCCAUACGGCCGAGAGAUAGACAUCUGGUCGUUCGGAUGCAUCCUGUGCGAGCUACAUACUGGAUACCCGAUAUUUCCAUGAGAGAACGAACAGGAGCUGCUGCUGUCAAUUCAGGAGUACUUGGGAGUCCCUUCUAAGGAUCUUCUGGACAAGUCCUCGACGAAGAAAAAGUUCUAUGACUCUGAAGGAAAGCCGUUAACUCUUGUGACACAUAAAGACCGAAACACUGUUCCUAAUAGUAAAACAAUCCAAAAAUUCCUGAAAACAGACAAUGCAGAUUUCAUUGACUUCAUCCGAUGAUGACUGACCUGGGAUCCCUCAGAUCGGAUGGACUGUGAUGAUGCCUUCAAACAUCCCUGGAUCGGAAGUUUUCUUGAACAAAUGAAGCCUUCAAACCCUUCUUAAACUAUAAUUCUACCUAAAAUAUC